AUGGCGCACUGGGAGCCCUCUGCGGGGGCCUGCCGCUCCCGGCCGCCUUCCGCGGGCGAGCACUCUGCCUCUCCCGACCGCAAGCGACCAGCGCGCGUCGCGCCAGAAACGGACUCUGCGUCUCCCUCAGCCUCGCGUUCCACUCCUCUCUAUGGGGGGCGCGACGCCCGCGACUCCCGCCGGCCUCCUUGCCUGGCAGCGCCCGCUGAGCCGCCACCGCCUGAGGCGGCAGUCUCUGCGUGCGCGUCUUCCGCGCUCAAGUCGGUUUUCCCAGCGUGCCCGUUUUCGUCCCUCUGUGUGCGGGACGAAGGCGCCGCGCCUGCGCCGUCUGAGGUCGGUUGCGCCUCGACUCCGCUGCUGGGAAACCCCGACCUGGGCGCGGAAGGCGCGCUGAACGCGGACGGACGCGCCGGCGCCUCCUACCCGCCUCGGCUCACGUCUUCGCCCUCGUGGCAUGCGCUGCUGGCCGCGAGAGCGGAGUCUGUUGGUGCGCGGGAUGCGGACGGAGAUGACGCGAACACGGACUUUAUCCUCUUUCGGUUCUUCAUCAUCGCAAAGAUCCUCGUCGCCAUCCUCUGCGCCGUCCUCGCCGUGUCCGUCGCGACGCACCUCGCGGCUGUGGGGGAGACGCUCAAGAUCCUUCUCGGCAAGAUUCAAGCGCUCGGACCCUACAGCCCCGUCGCCUUCGUCGUGGCGUACGUGCUGCUGGUGAUGGUGCUCGUCCCGGCAGAAGUUCUCAAUGUCGCCGGCGGUCUCAUUUUCGUUCGCCUCUAUGGGUACCUCGUUGGCCUCCCACUUGCAGUCUGCAGCAGCAUGGCUGCGUUGCUGCUCUCCGGAGUCUUUUGUUUCCUUCUGAGUCGCCACGUCUUCGCGAAGCGUAUUGACGCGUUUUUCGCGGGCAGCGACGUCUACUACGCGUUCCAACUCGCCGUCGAGGAGGGAGGAACAUUCUUCGUUGCGCUCAUUCGUCUCUCUCCAGUGCUGCCAUACUCUGUGACGAGCUACCUCUUUGGAUUGACCGCCCUCAGCGUCCCACAGCUCGUCGUCGGCUCUCUCUCCAGCGCGCCUCUUGUCUUCGUGUUCAACUGCGUCGGCGCCGCUCUGAGAGACAUCGAUGAGAUUGACUUCGGGCAUUUCCGCUUGAGCUGGGAAAAGACUGCCAUGGCGCUCUUCGGCCUCGCCACAGCAGGGGCAUCAAUUUUCUACAUCAGUUACUUGACGCGCAGAAAGCUGGAACAAGCCACCGAGGCCCUCGCGAUGCGCGGGCCUGUGCGGGGGCCUCUGCGGCUCGUCUCGCCCUCCGUCGUCGUCCGCAUUGAAGACGAGCGCGGCCAGAACUGA